UGGCGGAUGAGGCUUUGUGAAUUCUGAAUGUGAAACUGGUAAAUUUUCCCAAAGUUUUGGAUAAAUCAGGGCAUUUUGUGGUUUUUACACACUUCUGAGCAAUGUUUGUUGAACGCUGAAGUGUCGCAUAGUUAGUUUUUUUAACGUUUUAUCGUCAACACCAUGGGAGACACUUCGAAUGCUAACGAGACAGCCGAUGGCAAUGAGAAGCCGGCUCAAGGAGAUGCUGAUGUUGUGUUCCCGCCGUUUCCAGAACCAACCCAAGAUGAUUUUGAAGAGGAUAUUUCAAGUGAAGAAAGAGAAUAUUAUAAAACCAAAUUUGCUGAUCUGAAUUUAAUAAAGACAUUGAAAUUGCACUGUACAGCAUGUGACCGUCAUUUAGGUUGCUCAGCCAGAAAUGAGAAUCGUAUGAGAGUACAUCCAAUGCUCCGAACAUUGAUAUGCCAAACAUGUCUAACAUUUUAUAACAGUGGAGAGUUUGAUAAAGGAGAAGAUGGCUCUGAAUUGUACUGUCGUUGGUGCGGACAGGGAGGUCAAGUCUACUGCUGCUCUGAUUGCCCUCAUGUCUUUUGUGCUAAAUGUGUGAAAAGAAAUUUAGGUACUAAAAAAAUUAAAGAAAUUGAAGAGUUGGAUGACUGGAAGUGUUUCAAAUGCAAUCCAAGAUGUCUUUGGGAUUUACGUGCUACUUGUUGGGCACUUUUACGUUUCUGUGACAUGAAAAAUCAGAUUACCUAUAAAACACAAGAUCAAGAACUCAAAGAAAAAUAUCAGAUAUCAUGUGUUCAAGACUUUUCUGAAUGUUGCAAAAGAAAGAGUAAAGUUAAAGAAAAUUCUGGGGUUAUCAAGAGAGAAAGCAGUAGAGCACAAAAAGACUCCAAUACUGCAAAAACAACUCCAACUAUACAGGUUAAAAAGUUUGCUUCAAUUAAUUUAGAAGAUAACAGUAAAGAAAAGAUUGAAAAGAAGGCCCAAAAGAGACCAGCAAGUCCAAAAGUAAUUAAAACUUACAGUGUGAAAACUCCUAUACCAAUUGCUCCUAAUGUCUAUAAUAAAAAAAUAAAGAUAGCUCCAGGUACACCCAUUAGAAUAACAAUGGAGAAAAAGCCAAUGCAGACAUACACCCCACGACAACGGAUGAAAGCUCCCAUGGUUUACAAUGGAUUUAAUGCCUACUCUGUGACAAAUGAUAAUAUUAAUUUAUCAUUAGAGAGUUUGACCCAGGGUCUAGAUAUGAGUGCAGUAGCCUCAAUAUCAGGCAAUAAUAAUAUGGUAGAAAAUGAUGAUGUAGUAUGCACGCCCGAUUUUCCUAUGGAACCUUUAUGUGAGGUUACUGAAGACCCGGGUGAUGACGAUGUGGAGUGCAUUACUCCGGCUCCGCAACUCGUCUCAACUGCCAGGUGCCCUCCUCUUUUGUCCCGUAGCGUCAACAACUUACCCGACCUGUCACCGGGAAAUAUUAUACAAAUGACAGAAAAUGACGUCACAGUUAACGCCGCUACUGGUGGACUGAAAUUCCGAGUCGACCCGCAAACUCUGUCCUCGAAUAAGAUGUACCGUUUACCGGAUGGCCGCAUAUUUGCUAUUAAUGCCAAUCCGACCAUGCCCGGUGGUUACUCAGCAACGAUAGUCGCCGUUACCGACAAUGUGCAAUCUACCCCUAAAGUGCCCCCUCGAGGAGCCACCUAUGCAGCUAAGUUGAGCGCCGUUGUAACCGCGCCGUCUACGCAGUCAUCUAAAACGAACACUCGUAUUCCACGAAAGAAUACUAGAAAAAAUGCAAAUUCCGUACUAAAUUCUAAUAAAACUAGUACACCGAAAAUUUUGAAACCGUCAAAAACAACAGAAAAGCGCUCAUCGAGACCAUGUGAUCUAAACGUACCCGUUGAAUGGUACAGAUUCAAUUUAAUUGAUGCCGUCGAUGCUUUAGACUAUUCGCUCUCGAGACUCAAUCAGCUCAAGACACAGGCGACCACAAUGUUUUUACGCACUAGAACUGUUAAUGAGAUGCGAAAUUUACAUAAAACACUCGAUCGAGCCUUAGCUACUUCCGCAAAUAGGUUUCUUGAAAUUAAAGAUAAUUUAAAUAAUGAGUUCAAAAAAUACGUAGAUAAGAAACAGAACGUCGUCAGCGAUGACGAAGAAGACGACGAUGACGUCGAAAUUUUACCGGAUACCAAUGAUGAUCCUAUCUUCAUUGAUGAGAAUUCAGAAGAUUCCCAGAUCAGUAACCGGGAGGUAGAUCUAACUGCACAAGCCAGCAGCGAACACGAAAGCAGUGGCAAGUCCUUGGACAAAACUGUAAUUAACGACGGUUGCGUUGAUUUAGAUAUCGAUAAACCAGAAAAAGAUGAAGGGCAACAUUUAAGAGAUCCUUUAAUGAUUGAGGAUAAAAAUGAAGAAAUUAGAGAUGGAGAAAAAAGUCCUUUAAACGGUGUCGAUAACAAUGAUGCAGAAGAAGACAGUCAACAGCCUAAAACUUCAGAAACUGAAAAUAAUGAAAGUGUAAGUAACGUAGAAAUGACUGGCGACAGUAAUACUAAUGAAGUAAGUGAGAGCAGUGAUAACACUCAUAUUAAGACUGAUCAUGAGGAAAUAUCUAUAAAGGAGAAUGGAAGUAAUGUUCUUGAUGAAAAUACUUCAGAAGAUAAAGUUACCGAUAAAGAAGACGUUCAAAUAAAGGAUGAGAAAAUAUCAGAUCUUAAGAAACCUGAAAAGGCUGUAAACGAUGAUAGUAGUAAAAUAACCGAUAACGACAGUCAAAUAUCUGGGGAAGUGAAAGAAGACAUUGAAACUCAGGAGAAUGAUUUAGAUGAUAUUGAAAUGAAUGAUACUGCAAUGGAAAAUAAUGACAGAAUGAUGGAUGAUAAUGAAAUGAGCGAAAAAGCAAUCGAGGAACUUUUAAAAGAUGACAACGAAAGCAUAGAUGGCAGUGUCGAUAACCAUUCCAUUGGAGCUAGUAACGAAAAAAUUUAAGAGAAUGUUAAGUAAGUACUUCGAUAACAUGCAAACUCAUGAUUAAUUAUGCAAAGGUUGGUCAAAUAAUGUGACUAGUAAAGUGAAAUAUUUUUAAACGAAACUUGUACAGAGCAACCUCAUUUAUAAUGGUUUUCGGGUAUCGUUAUUCGUACAUCGUCUGUUAUAGAAAAAGCGAAAUGCCGAAAACUAUUAGCAAAUUCGAUUCGCUGUAUCUAUGUGGGUUUGUUUAGUUUUGUAAAUAUUUUAAAAAUACAUAAAUGUCUUUGUUUCUAUAAUAAUGGAUUACAAUUUGAUUGGAAAUGUGCACAAAAGCUAUAUUUGCAGUAGUAAUUAUAUUGAAUAUGCAAUAUACAUGUAACCAAUAUAAAACAUAGUAUGGUUUAAUGCAGGCACUGGCCGCACGUUCAAGCGUGUUUAGAGAAUAAAAGGCAUUUUUUUUUUGGAAAUUACCUUUUAUCUUGUCACAUUUUAUUCAUGAAAUAUUAUAGUAUCUUUAUACGCGAGUCAUCAAACAGCCUGUAAUUUUAUAAGAGGUCAAACAAAAAAGCGUUCUCAUGUCUGAGCGAAAAAGACAAGAAGUGAGAUCUUUUUCAAAAAUUUUCCCCAUUCGUUAACUGGUGUAUAGUGUAUUACGGUCCUGUAUGUAGAAAUAUUAAAUUUUGUUUAACGUGAUCUGAAUCAAUGGUGUUAUUUUGUUCUUACAAUUAUUAUUGGGUAUUAUGCCACGUUAAUAGUUAAGAGUUUAUUUAAAUGAGUUUUUUUUUGUUUUUUGACAUUUUAUGAUGUAUAUUUUAUUUGGUUAAUUCACAAUAGUACGCCGAUUACCAUCACUGAUAUAGUAAGCAUGCAGUUUUUUUAAUUCUAAAAGAAAUGAGGUUUUAUUUGCUCUUAUGUAGGGUUUAUUUUGAACCACAAUGUUCAUUCUUACGUAGUUUUUAACAGCUGCUGUGUCCCGAAUACAUUGAAUAAAAAGGCACAAACUUGCCCAUACACCUACCUAUAUUCUAGUGUUUUGUACAAAAAUAUUGGUAAUUACCAAUUAUAUUAUUUAACAUACUAUAGAUUGUACAAUUUAUUAAUUAUUCUAGCGAAUUGUGUAUGUCUACAAGUUACAACAAUGUCUAAUUUUAUAGUUACUCCAAUAUCGCGGAUUUUUGUCAUAAAAUCAUUCAGAUAAAAAUAAUUUCUCAACAAAACGUUUAACGGAAUCAUAUUCAUUACACGACCAUAACCAUGAGAUUACGCCUUUUCAAAAAAAUAAUAUUACUACCCCAGUCGAGUUACAUUUUAACCUGGAAUAUUUAGCAAACCAAAUUUGAUUAUAAUAAUUAAUUUCAGGGAUUUAAAGUUUCUUCUAAACAUUAGCGUAAAAAAUCUGACUAUUUUUUCAUUCAUCAAUUACUAUUAAUUCGAGGUUAUCUGGGUUAGCCCGACUGGGUAAACUUAGGUUUCGAUCGAAACUGCGUUUAAUAUGAUGCAUGAAAACUUGACGUGUUUUUGGACACAAAAAAAUAAAAAUAUGAUUUAAUAUUUUGUUGCAUUACUAUAAGUAUAAAUAGUUUUUAAGAUGUAACCCAAUUAUAGUGAAUCGCAUGCAAACUUGUAAGUUGUAAUACGAUGAAGAAUGAGUGUAUUAGUACAUACAGAGUGAAUUUAGAAAAUGGGCAAUAGUAGAUCUAAUCCGAAAUUAAAGGAGUUAUCAAAAAAACCAUAAUAAAUUGUGAGCUCGAUAAAUUUCCCGUCGAGUCAAACCUGCUUAUUCUGUAUAUAAAAACACCUAUGUUUUAACACCAUUUGAUAAUCUUGGUGAUAAGAAGAAAAUCCUGGAAACUUCCAUCGAAUAAAUCGACUAAACUCAACAAAAGUAUGGGGCAUAUUUUGUUCGAAAUUAACCUAUUUUUUAUCGAAAUCGCUCGCAACGUUCAACAUUUUUCGCCAUCGUCUCCUAUAGUUUCGGAUUCACUUCUCGAGCCCAUUUUGACCGGUAUGCCUAACAUUUUAUUCUUAUUUUAAUGCAUUUGCAUAUUAAGUGAAUAUUUGAGAAUUCCUAUUUACUUAAAUAGUAUUUGUAAAGAAUAUUUGUAUGAUUGCUAAUGUAAGUUACGAUUUGUAAGUACCUAUAUUAAACAGUAUAAUAUAAUUAAAUAAAAAUAUUUUUUCUUAACUUUAGUUACAGCCACAGUUGCGAACGCUUUAGCUGACCACUCUGUUGUGGCUAGUUUUUUUUUAUGGUCCAUUAUUACUUUUAAAAUUUUGUUACAUUAUAUUGGGAAACAUGGUAUAUUUGUAAAUUUAUUUCGACUAAUUCUACUUCUGACGUGGCGAUAAUUGUACGGGGUUACAAAUUAUUGUGUACAUUUACGUAAACCGAAUAAAAAAACAAUCGUA